AUGCUGUCCAAGCCCAGAGACACAGAGGCACAGAGAUCCAGAGGCCCAGAGGCCCAGAGGCCCAGAGGCCCAGAGACCCAGAGACCCAGAGACCCAGAGACCCAGAGACCCAGAGGCCCAGAGACCCAGAGGCCCAGAGACCCAGAGGCCCAGAGACCCAGAGGCCCAGAGGCCCAGAGACCCAGAGAUCCAGAGGCCCAGAGACACAGAGUUAUCAUUCAGUGCUGCUGUGUACUAUUUAUUUGUGAAUCACCUCCCUCUCUCUCUCUCUCUCUCUCAGGUCCUGCCUGCCUCUCUUUGACAGUGAGCACCAGUAAGGCCAAAAUGGAGGUCCAUGAGAACACAGACGCUGUGCUGUCCUGUCAGUUCAAGACAGAGAAGGAGACUAACCCUCGUAUUGAGUGGAAGAAGAAAGGGAAGGACAUCCACUUAGUUUAUUUCGAUGGAAAAUUCACCGGAUCCUUUGCAGGUCGGGCCAAGAUCGAGGGGGCAACGGUGACGCUGCAUGCCGUUACCCAGAAGGACUCUGGGUUGUACCGCUGUGAGGUCAGCGCACCAGCAGACCACACCAACCUAGGAGAGGUCAACGUCACCCUCAACGUACUGGUGCCCCCCCACACCCCGUUCUGUGAGGUGCCCAGCUCAGUGCUGUCUGGGGCAGGUGUAGAGCUCCACUGUAAGGACAAACCCAGUGUGCCCCCUCCUACCUACCUCUGGUACAAAGACAACGAGGCCCUGAGGUCCACACACACCCCUGACAUCUCCUAUAGCAUGGACACUGACACGGGAACGCUGAAGAUUAAGAGUGUGUCCAAGGCCGACUCGGGCCAGUACCGCUGUGAAGUUUCCAAUAGUGUGGGGGCGUCCAAAAGCUCUGUGGCCCAUCACAUGAAGGUCAUAGAAUAUCCGUUGAGCAUGACGACACUGAUAGCCGGAGCUGUAGGCCUCUUCCUGCUCAUCCUCAUGUGCUGCCUGGAUGUGUGUCUCCCAUUGACAGGGCUGCUGCAAAAAGGAGGAGCAGGAAGGAAGCAGUCCACCUCCUCCUCCCACCAGAAAUCCCAAGAACUUCAAACACACCCAGUCCUUCAUGAUCUGAGGGUAUAGCACGCACAUACACACACACAUUCGGUGGAUGGAUGGAGAGAAUGUGCAACAGAAUACAUAUUUUAGCUAGCCUACACCACCUAUGAUAAAGCUCACUGCUGUACCCUUUUCGGUGUGUGUUUUAUUUACAAUUCUGCUGUUUAUGACUGUACUGA